AUGAACAUGAGUGAAGAGGUUAUUAAGCAUUAUUUAGCUCAACUAUUGCUUAGUAUCCCAGAUGAGAAGUUUUCCAAGUUUCCAGGGGAUGCAGGAGCUUUCCAAUCCAUUGAAAACCCCAUAAUAUUCAUUCUCAAAGGUCAAUCUUCAAAGCUAAUUGCUCAAGAUGAAUACUUUAGCUUAUUGUUUUCAGAAGAAUCAAGAAGUGUGUUGAGUCAGUAUCCUCAAAAUGACUUGAAGACAACUAUAGUAAAUUACGUGGAUGUCAUACUAACUUCAUUCACAUCCUAUUUUGAAUCUCAAGAAGUUGCAAUUAGUCAUCUUCAUCUUAUUGCAAUUGCAUUCUUACAAACUUUCAUUCAAUUAAAUUUCACUGGGCCUAAUAUUGAAUAUAAUAGCAAAGAAUUAUUCUUCCCUGAAACAGAUGAAUCAACUUUAAAGUUAGAAUCCAUAAAAUUAUUGAACUUACAGGGUCAAAUUGCUUAUGAUUUAACGAAUGAUCCACUUUUCUUGAUCAUAUCAGAAAGUAUAUUUGAAAAGCUAUUAGGAUUCAAGAGAGAGUUUAGCUUUUUAGGGAGUGAUAUCAAUACCAAUUUUGAAGAAUUUGGUGAUUCUAUAACCAUUUUAGCCAAAGAAAAUGAACAAGACCCAUUAAAGGCAUCCAUUCAAUGGUGGAUGGUUAGAGCUUUACAGGUUCAUUUAUCAGUAUUAUCAGAAGCUCCAAGCAUUCCACUUACCGUGUCAUCAGUCUUAUUGAAUCCAAAAGUAUUGGCUGCUUUGAUACCUAAGACUCAAGCCGAUGUUAAUAUCCAAAAACAUAUGCAAAUAUUGUAUGUGUUAGAAUUUGCAAGAUUACAUAUUCAUUCAAGUACUGAACAUCUUGCCAUUCCAUAUCUUGUAAAAGCCAGAAAUUAUUCUGAAUUAUCAUUUUUAAUGACUGGUGCAAAGGCUAAAAGAACCAAAUUUCAAAAACAUCAUAAUUCAGCUUUAAUAAUAUUAGCUAAAAGUAAAAUAAGUAAUAUUUAUGAAUCAUAUGCCAUCAAUAACAAUCCAGAAAAUUUCAGCUUAGGUGAUGAUUUAUUAUUAGAAAAGCCUGAAUUUGAAUCCUUGGACGACCUUGAAUUACCAGACCAAUCUGAUCGUAAGAGAAUUAGACUUGAUGAUGAUAAUGAUGAUUCAUCAAAUCAAGAGGACAAAUUGGUUCCUGUGGUUUCUAAACAAGAUGAAAUUCCAGCUGAAUUAAAAAUCUUGGAUCCAAACAAUCAACCUGCUUUGAAUGACAUUGAUAGUCUUCAAUUGUUAUUGGUUUUAACUAUCCUUAAACAAACAUCUCCAUCCAAUGAUUCUCUUAUCCAACAAGAAUUAUUUGCCCUUGUCACUAGACUUAUCUAUUCGGAUUGUAUAAAUACUAAUUGGAGUAUUUUCUCUCGUGCUCUUUGGGAAAGAUCUUUACUUGAAACUAAUAAAUCAAGAACGGUCGAAAGAGGUAUUUUACAAAUGACAUCAUUAGUAGAAGAAAUCGGUAUUAAAAUCAAAUCAAGAAUGAUACCCCAAGCUGCCGAAACUAAUAAUGAAAAUGAUACUGUUGCUAUUAGAUUGAGAUUCAUUCAUCAAUUACCAUUAAUGCCACAAUGGACUAUGGAUGCAGAAUUAGCAGAAAAAUAUAUGUCAUUGGGAGUUAUUAAAUCAGCCCUUGAAAUUUAUGAACGUUUACAAAUGAGUUGUGAAGCUGCCUUAUGUUAUGCCGCUACUGAUAAUGAAAAGGAAGCGGAUGCCAUAUUGGUAGAACGUAUUAAGAGUCAUCCUGAAGAUUGUCGUGCCAUCUCAAUAUUAGGAGAUAUCAGACAAGAUCCAACAUUAUGGGAAGAAGCUUGGAAACUUGGAAGAUAUGCCAAAGCUAAGGCUUCAUUAUCAAGAUAUCAUUAUUCUCCACCUCAUGGACUUAAACAAGAUAUGAAUUUAGCCAUUCAACAUAUGCGUGAUUGUUUAACUAUAAACCCACUUAAUUAUGGAAAUUGGUACUUUUAUGGGUGUUGUGGGUUAGAAAGUGGACAAUAUGAUUUAGCUUCAGAGGCGUUUACCAGAUGCGUUUCUUUAGAUGAAACUAGUUCACAUGCUUGGUCCAACUUAGCUAGUGCCUUACUUAAAUUGGAUAAGCAAAGACCAGCUUUUAAUGCCUUACAAAAAGCAAUUAGAAGUGCUAAUGAAAAUAAGAAAUCGUGGAAGAUUUUUGAGAAUUAUAUUAUAGUUGCAGCUCAAUUGAAUGAAUGGAGUGAUGUUUUAUCAGCCACUAAGGAAGUUAUUGAAAUUAGAAAGAAUGAAGGUGAAGUUUGUAUUGAUCUUCCAAUUAUUGAGAAAUUAGUGGAAUUAUUAGUUUCAACUCCAUUUGAAGAUAGUUCCAGAUUGACUCAUUAUCAAAAAUCAUGUAUCGAUUUAGUCUGUAAUAUUUUACCUCAAGUUAUAACUACUUCAUCAAGAUGUUGGAGAGUUGUAGCUAGAGUUGAAUUAUGGAGAAAGAGACCAUGGGCAGCUUUGGAUUGUCAUGAGAAGGCUUAUAGAGCAUUAUCACAAAGACCUGAAUUAGAAAGCAAUGAAACAGCUUGGAAUGAUGCAGUUGAAGCAUGUAGUGAUUUAGUAGGGGCUUAUGAAUCAUUAGGUGAAUUACCAGGGAAACACGAUGCUGGAGAUUUAGUAUGUUCUGAUUGGAAAUAUAAAGCUAGAACUUCAAUUAGAGGUUUGAGAUCAAAAGGUAAAGCUAUGUGGGAAGAUUCUGAAGGUUGGAAUAGAUUACAAGAUUUGAUGGAAGAUUUAACUAAUAAUUAA